GGCGGGUUCUGGGUCAGGCAGCAGACCUGACAGAGGGCGGUCCUGGUACUGGCAGACUGGUACAGGGGUGAAACCUGGUACAGAUCCAGGUCGGGCAGCAGACCUGAGUGAGGGCGGUUCUGGUACUGGUACAGGGGUGAUACCUGGUACAGAUCCGGGUCGGGCAGCAGACCUGAGUGAGGGCGGUUCUGGUACAGGUACAGGGGUGAUACCUGGUACAGAUCCAGGUCGGGCAGCAGACCUGACUGAGGGCGGUUCUGGUACUCGCACUCACUCAGGUACUGGUACAGGGUGAUACUGGGUUGGGCAGGAGACUUGACAGAGGGUGGUUCUGGUACUGGUACAGGGAGGUCCCGGUACAGACCCCCCCUGGGCCUGUAGGAGCUGGAAGCCAAUCUGCCCCACUUCCUAACUGCAGGCUCCCCUGGAGUGUAAAACAAGAGCCACUGUUCCUCGGGGGGCUCGGGUUUGGGUGGGAACUAUAUGAAUAUAUAGGAAGAGGCGCUGUAUGAAUGAAAGAUGCUCAUUUUCUCCAGCUCCCGCGGCAUGGGUCCUGGGGGGGGUGUAGGACGGGUCCGUGUCCGCCAGGGGGCGCGGUGCGGCGCGCCGGCCCCUCUCUGCCCCCCUCCCCGCUCCCUCUCUCUCUCUCUCGGCCGCCAAUUACCAGCCGGCGCAGGAAACCGCGGUCCGCUUCAACUCCAGCCGCUGCGGGGCAGUUCGUCUUCGUGCGUUUGGCGUCACGGCCGUGGAAAAAGAUAUAUUCGGCGAGCGAGAAGCCGGGCUGUAGUCGAGGGCGAGAGGACAGACGUCUUGGAAACGCAGCGACAGCCGCCGCCUGCUUCCGUUUGAGGCCCCCGGCGCCCGGGCUGCCGCUGGCCCGGUGAGCGAUGGGCCGGCGGAGGUCGGCUCGGCUGGCCCGGGCGGAGACGCCGCUGCGGCGCUCGGCGAGACUGCGGGACACCCUGGGCGGGCCGGUGGAGGAGGUGGUGGACAUGUCUGCAGAGCAGUCGGAGGGGGAGGACGCCCAGGACCUGCAGCCACGCCCUGGCAUCCGGGCCCACCACUCUGCUUCUGGGGACCCAGCGCCAGUAGAACCAGAACCAGAGUCUGAACUGGAGGAGCCUGAGGCCAGAGGCAGGGGCCGCCCUCGCCAGCACCCCCAGCUGGACUCCAUGUGCCCCUCGGUCAUCCUGCGCAGACUGGACCUGGAGGACCGGGAGGGAGAGGAGACGGAGCCCCCCCGGGCCGCGGCGCCGAAGGCCCCCACCUCCAGGAUCCCCACCUUCCAGAGCUCCGGCGCCCGUCUGCUGCGGCCCGUGGACCGCCCCCCCCUGGGCAAGCCCCCCCCCUCCCAGCUCCCCGUCAGGCCCUGGGAGCGCGCGGCCAAGCCGCACCUCGAGCUGGGCUGGUCGGACACUGCGCUGAGCCCCCGCCCGGCGCUCAGGGCCGAGACCGGGACCCCCAGGCCCGAGGCAGCACAGGAGGCUGGCGCAGGGGCUCUCGCCCCCGAGACCAGGGGAGGGCAGCUGGAGAGAGGCACACCUGCCCCCAGGGCCGAGGCCACGAGCAGGGAGGCCUCCAAAACACAGCCUCGGAGAGGCCCCCCCGUCCCCUCGGAGGCAAAGCCCAGAGAAGACACGCCGCCUGCCUCCGAGGAAGGAGGAGAGGAGGCUGAGGCAGAGCGGGAGGAGGUGGGCUCUGAGGUGGGCUCUGAGGCCGAGCGAGAGGAGGCAGGCUCCGAGGCCGAGGAAAAGGAGGCUGGGGAAGAGGAGGUGGACUCCGAGGCCGAGGAAAAGGAGGUGGGCUCUGAGGCCGGGGAAGAGGAGGCUGAGCAAGAGGAGGCUGCCCCCGAGGCUGAGGCUGAGGGAGAGGAGGUGGGCUCCGAGGCUGAGGCUGAGGCUGAGCGAGAGGCGGUGGUCUUUGAGGUGGGAGCCCGGAGCGAGAAACCCGCCCUCAAUCCCAGAGGCAGACGAGCGGCCGGAGGGAGGGAGGCGAGGCAGGAGGGAGCGGGCCGGCCCGGGCCCCGAGGCAGGCUGCGGCGCUACUGCUCCACCCUGCUCUGCCUCCUCCCCCCCCUGCUGCUCCUGCUGGGGGGGGGCGGCCUGUUCCUGUGGCCCUCUGGGAGGCCGGGGCUGGCCGGCGCCCUGCUGGCGCCGCUGGACCUGGACUGGCUGUGGGCCGGGGACCUGUGGGCACGGCAGGAGGCCUGCGGCUCCGACUGCAGCCUGUCCCUGCUGGAGAGCCUCCCUGAGGGGCUGGAGUACCCCCCUGGCUCCCCCCGCCUGACCCCCAUCUCCCAGGCCUGGAGAGACCUGCUGCACAGAGCCAACCACAGCGUCAGCAUCGCAGCCUUCUACCUCACACUGAGGGACACCGACCUGGAGGCCUCCGAGCCCAGCGCACUGGAGGGGAAGCGUGUGUUCGAGGCUCUGAGGGGCCUGCCAGCUCGAGGGGUGGGCCUCAGGAUCGCCGUCAACAGCCCCCAGACGUACCCCAGGGACACGGACGACCUUGCGCUCGCAGGCGCGGAGGUGCGCCCGGUCUACCUGCAGAACCUGACCGGGGGGAUCCUGCACACCAAGCUCUGGGAGGUGGACGGCCAGCACGCCUACCUGGGCAGUGCCAACAUGGACUGGCGCUCCCUCACACAGGUGAAGGAGCUGGCCGUCUCAGUGACGAACUGCAGCUGCCUGGCCAGAGACGUGUCCCGGCUGUUCCAGGCGUACUGGCUCCUGGGCUCUCCAGCAGGGGGCGCAGUGCCCGCGCGCUGGCCCCGCCGCCUCAGCGCUCUGUCCAGCGCACAGCGCCCCCUGCAGCUGCAGCUGAACGGGCUCCCGGCGGAGGUCUACCUGUCGAGCGCUCCCCCGCCGCUGUCCGCGGACGGCCGCACGGACGACCUCUCGGCCAUCCUGGGCGUGAUCUCGGACGCCCGCCGCUUCGUCUACGUCUCGGUCAUGGACUUCCUGCCGGCCUCCCGGUACACGGAGCCGGCCCGGUUCUGGCCGCCCAUCGACUCGGCGCUGCGGGCGGCGGCGUGCGCGCGCGGCGUGGAGGUGCGGCUGCUGGUCAGCUGCUGGCCGCACUCCGACCAGCCCAUGUUCGUCUUCCUGGAGUCGCUCGGCGUGCUGAACCACCCGCCCCUGAGCUGCACGCUGCACGUGAAAGUGUUCGAGGUGCCCUCCACCAAGGAGCAGAAGAUGAUCCCCUACGCCAGGGUGAACCACGCUAAGUACAUGGUGACGGACAGAGUUGCGUACAUAGGGACAUCCAACUGGUCGGAGAAUUACUUCACCCACACGGCGGGCGUGGGGCUGGUGGUGAACCAGACGGGGGCUCCAGCCGGGGCAGGCAAGCGCAGCGUCCAGAGUGACCUGCAGGCCGUGUUCGAGAGGGACUGGGACUCCGGCUUCGCUCAGCCCCUCUCCUCGGAGCACGCCCACCACUGCGGAGCACGGGAAAGCGCAUAGCCCCGCCCAGCUGGGGGGCAGGGGGGGCACCGUCGCUCGUCUGCUUGCAGCAGCUUCCUGCGCUGCCAAAGCCACACAGCCAAAGCCUGAAGUUGAAACGGAGGAGAGACGCUGGAGUCCUUGUCAGCGAGAGUGGACACCAGGGGGCGCGCUUGAUAGCCGUGUGUGUGGAGCUUCUGUCAGAGGGAGUCUGGGACACACACUCUUUGGGCCACGAGGUCCUAAGGAUGGAUAGUCAGUGUGUGUUUCCCAGGCUCCCUCUGACUGGACCAGUCCUCCCUCGCAGACGAGGCCCUGGACUGGCUCAGGUCGGGUCGGGUCGGGUCGGGUCGGGCUGCGCUGUUCUCUCUCCACCUUGAGGGAGGUGGACAUGGGGGAGGGUUUCAGUAAUAAAAGAAAUUGCCUGGGUGGGGGGGUUGAUUUUGAACUAAUCUGUUCUGAAAUGCUGAGCGAGCUGCAGCUGUAGAUGUUCGUACCGCAGCGUGUUUGAAGUGAGAGCUUUGUUCGAUGUUGAUUUUUAUUUUUUUAGGAAUGGGUUUAGGAUUAUUUUACGGUGUGAAUGCUUCUGCCUGGGUAGUGGAUCAAAGCCAUAAUGAAGCCUCUACAAGAAUAUAGCAGCGUCCUCGCUGAUCUUAUUUUGCCUUGCAUCCUUCUUAAAUUAUUUUUAUAUUUUCUGUUGCCAAAUGAUGUGUAUAUGAUGGUUCUUGUAUGCACACACCUAUCAAAGCCAUGUAAAGCCUUUUUUAAAUAAAGUUGUCUUCAGUACUCGGAAAGACGGUGUGGCUGUGGAGAGUGAACAGGAACGGUGGAGGCUGGGGUCGCCCUGGGGUCGCCCUGGGGUCGGUGACGGAACCCACCCUCUCACUGCCUGACCUGAGAGCCAGGCCUGUGGACAGAGGGCUCAGGUCAGCCUCAGACGCCUACAGCUCUACCCAUCUGACGCGUUAAUUGUACUUGCUCACAUGAGCCUUGAUAAUGCU